GGGCGAUGGUGGCGGAGCUGCUGGGGGCGGAGGCAACGUAGCCCCCGCGGAAAAGGAGCCCGGCGGCGCCUGAGCCGAGCCCAGGAUGGAGAACCGGCCUGGGUCCUUCCAGUACGUCCCUGUGCAGCUGCAAGGGGGGGCGCCCUGGGGCUUCACCCUUAAGGGGGGUCUGGAACACUGCGAGCCGCUCACAGUGUCUAAGAUUGAAGAUGGAGGCAAGGCAGCCUUGUCCCAGAAGAUGAGGACUGGUGAUGAGCUGGUGAAUAUCAAUGGCACUCCAUUGUAUGGCUCCCGCCAAGAAGCUCUCAUCCUCAUCAAAGGCUCCUUCCGGAUCCUCAAGCUGAUUGUCAGGAGGAGAAACGCCCCUGUCAGUAGGCCGCACUCAUGGCAUGUGGCCAAGCUGCUGGAGGGAUGCCCUGAAGUGGCCACCACCAUGCAUUUCCCUUCUGAAGCCUUCAGCUUGUCCUGGCAUUCUGGUUGCAGCACAAGUGACGUGUGUGUGCAGUGGUGUCCCCUCUCCCGGCACUGCAGCACCGAGAAAAGCAGCUCCAUUGGCAGCAUGGAGAGCCUGGAGCAACCAGGCCAAGCCACCUAUGAGGGCCACCUCUUGCCCAUUGACCAGAACACAUACCCCAACCAGCGUGACUCAGCCUAUAGCUCCUUCUCGGCCAGCUCAAAUGCCUCUGACUGUGCUCUUUCCCUCAGGCCAGAGGAGCCAGCCUCCACAGACUGCAUCACACAAGGCCCAGGGCCAACUAAGGCCUCCAGUGUCCGGCCUAAUGUGGCUGAAACCUCAGGAGGUAGCCAGCGCACCAACGGGGGCCAUUUGACCUUAAGUUCCCAGACAUCAUCUCGCCCACAGGAAGGCCACCACCCAGGGUCUGUCAAGGUGGUCAGGGGCCCACCACAACCUCCAGUGAGGCGGGACAGUCUUCAGGCCUCCAGAGCCCAACUCCUCAAUGGAGAGCAGAGCAGGGCUUCUGAGCCUGUGGACUCCUUGCAACAGAAGGAGAAACUGAACUUAGAGACAAUGCUAGCCCCAAGGAACCCUAGCAGGUUCUGCUGCCUCAGUGGACAAGAACAAAUGACAAAUGAGGGUCAUCAGAACUGUGAACUCAGUCAGCUUCCUGAAUCCAGCCAGCAGGGCUCUGAGCAUCUAUUGACAGAGGCUUCAGCCAAUGUUCUUGGUUCCCCCAAAGCCUGUGACAAAGUUUCUACCAGAGUUUCCAGCCCACUCAGUGAGGCUUCAGCAGAGCUACCUAAGACUUCCUCCUUUGGCAGCUCUCCACACGUCACAGGAUCCAUAGGGCAUCGCCAUAGUGCCCCUGAACAGCUACUGGCAUCCCACCUGCAGCAUGUGCACCUCGAUUCAAGGGGCAGCAAAGGGGCAGAGCUCCCUACUGGGCAGGAUGGGCACCAGUGGACUCUGUCCCCUUUGCACAACAGCCACAAAGAGAAUAAUAUUCCAUGUUCUCCCCCAGGAGGAAGCCAGGACCAGCCAAGCAAAGAAAGAAAGACCAGGCCAAUGGAUGAUAGGCCCUUGGGUUCAGGACACCAGAGCCAAAGCACUUCCCCACAUGGAGAGACUGAUGAACACCCUCCAGAAAAAAGUUUCCUAGACCCAAACAAAGCAAGCAAAGCAGGCAGUGAAUUGGCCAGCCAGCAGCCCUCUGCCUCUGGUUUUCCUGUUCAAACCAGAGACUGUUCUUCAACCAUUAAUUUAGCUGGCAGCACAGAGACAACUGAAGAAGGGGACAGUGAGCCCAAGGAAUGUGGCCAGAUGGGCGGUAGACGAAGUGGAGGUCCCCGGGGUCGCUCAAUCCAAAACCGGCGGAAAAGUGAGCGUUUUGCUACCAAUCUGCGCAAUGAAAUUCAGAGGAGGAAGGCCCAGCUCCAGAAGAGCAAAGGCCCCUUGUCACAACUGUGUGACACUAAGGAACCAGUGGAAGAGACCCAGGAGCCUCCAGAAAGUCCUCCACUCCCUGCCUCUAACUCAGCUCUUCUAUCGUCAUAUAAAAAACCCCCUAGCCCCAGAGAUAAGCUCUUCAACAAAAGCAUGAUACUCAGGGCUCAGUCUUCAGAGUGCCUCAGCCAAGCCCCAGAGAGCCACGAAUCUAGGAUAGGCCUAGAGGGACAAAUAAGCCCUGGUCGUAGGCCUGGUCAGUCUUCUUUAGGCCCAAACACCUGGUGGAAAGCCUCUGACCCAUCCUCGGACUCUGAGAAAGCAAAUGUUCAUCAUGGAGUCCGUGGAGGUCAUUGGAGAUGGUCUCCAGAGCAUAACCCACAGCCACAUGUGGCAGUAGCCAUGGAGGGCCCUUCUAGCCCAGGUGACAACAAGGAAUUGAAGACUUCUCCUGUCCAAGCUGGGGAGGAAGCCAUCCUUUUGCCCUUUGCAGACAGAAGAAAGUUCUUUGAAGAGAGCAGCAAAUCCUUAUCCACAUCUCAUUUGCCAGGUUUAACCACUCAGAACAAUAAGACUUUUAGUCAGAGACCAAAACCUAUAGACCCAAACUUUCAGUCAAUGAGCUCCAGCUAUAGGGAAUUAAGGCGCCAUCCCAUGGACCAGUCGUAUCACUCCACAGACCAACCAUAUCAUGCCACAGACCAACCAUUUCAUUCCGUGUCACCCCUUCAGUCAGAAACUCCCACUUACUCAGAAUGCUUUGCAAGCAAAGGUCUAGAAAAUUCCAUGUGUUGUAAGCCACUGCACUGUGGUGAUUUUGAUUACCACAGGACCUGCUCUUACUCCUGCAGUGUUCAGGGAGCCGUAGUCCAUGACCCUUGCAUUUAUUGUUCUGGGGAAAUCUGCCCUGCCUUGCUAAAGAGAAAUAUUAUGCCCAACUGCUACAACUGCAGGUGUCACCACCAUCAGUGUAUCCGAUGUUCAGCUUGCUAUCAUAAUCCUCAGCAUAGUACUCUUGAGGACAGCAACUUGGCACCUGGCAAUGCUUGGAACCCCAGGAAGCCACCAGUGCAGGAAUUUCCUGGGGACAAAUGGAAAUCAAUAACAGGAAACAGGAAGACCAGCCAGUCAGGGAGGGAAAUGGCUCAUUCCAAGACUAGCUUUUCAUGGGCAACCCCCUUCCAUCCUUGCUUUGAGAACCCAUCACUGGAUUUAUCAAGUCACCGAGCAAUUUCUUCUCUUGACCUCCUUGGAGACUUCAAACAUGCCUUGAAGAAAACGGAGGAAACUUCAGUUUAUGAGGAGGGGAGCUCCCUUGCCUCCAUGCCCCGCCCACUGCGCAGCCGUGCCUUCUCAGAGAGUCACAUCAGCCUGGAGCCACAGAGUACCCGGGCCUGGGGACAGCAUCGGAGGGAGCUCUUUAGCAAAGGUGAUGAGACUCAGCCAGAUCCUGCUGGAGCCAGGAAGAAGGCUUUUCCUCCUCCUCGCCCUCCUCCUCCCAACUGGGAGAAGUACAGGCUCUUCCGUGCAGCCCAGCAGCAGAAGCAGCAGCAGCAACAGCAGCAGCAGCAGCAGCAGCAGCAGCAGAAAGAGCAGGAGGAGGAGGAAAAGGAGGAAGAGGAAGAAGAGGAGGAGGAGGGAGAAGAGGAGGAGGAGCUGCCACCCCAGUAUUUCAGUUCAGAAACCACUGGUUCCUGUGCCCUCAAUCCUGAGGAGGUCCUAGAGCAGCCACAGCCUCUUGGUCACCUGGAGGCCUCAAGGCAGGGUUCACAAAUCCCAGAUCAAGAGUCCUUUGCCCUCCAUUCCAGUAAUUUCCUGCCUCCAAUAAGGGGCCGCUUGGGUUCUCAACCUGAGCAGGCUCAGCCAUCUUGCUAUUAUGGCGUUGGUGGACAUUGGAGGACAUCAGAGCAGGAGGCUGCUGAUUCCCCCAAACCAGAUGUCUCAAUGGCAGAAGAGUCCAAACCCAAGCCAGCAUGGAACCAGCGCUACUUUUUUCCUGAGGAGAAAUUUGCUUUCAUGGGCUGGGACUCUGAGAAGCAACACCUCAGCCCUGCAGGCUUUGGCGAACCUAAGACAACAGGACAAGAGUUUCAGCACUUCUCACCUCCUCCAGGCGCCCCAGGAAUCCCUACCUCUUACUCGGCUUAUUACAAUAUUUCUGUGGCCAAAGCAGAGCUGCUGAACAAGUUGAAAGACCAGCCAGAGAUGGCAGAGAUUGGUCUGGGAGAGGAGGAAGUGGACCAUGAACUGGCUCAAAAGAAGAUACAGCUUAUUGAAAGCAUUGGUCGCAAACUUUCUGUACUGCGCGAGGCACAGCGAGGGCUGCUAGAGGACAUCAAUGCCAAUUCUGCCCUUGGGGAAGAGGUGGAGGCUAACUUAAAAGCUGUCUGCAAGUCCAAUGAGUUUGAGAAAUACCGCUUGUUCAUUGGGGACCUGGACAAAGUGGUCAACCUGUUGCUGUCACUUUCUGGACGAUUGGCCCGAGUGGAGAAUGCUCUCAACAGCAUUGAUUCAGAGGCCAACCAAGAGAAGUUGGUGCUAAUAGAGAAGAAGCAGCAGCUGACGGGCCAGUUAGCAGACGCCAAGGAGCUGAAGGAGCAUGUGGACCGCCGGGAGAAGUUGGUGUUUGGAAUGGUCUCCCGCUACCUGCCUCAGGACCAGCUCCAAGAUUACCAGCACUUUGUCAAGAUGAAAUCUGCUCUCAUCAUUGAACAGCGAGAGUUGGAAGAGAAGAUCAAGCUCGGGGAAGAGCAGCUCAAAUGUCUCAGGGAGAGCCUACUCCUGGGGCCCAGCAAUUUCUAAUUCUAUCAGCAGUCUGCCACAGCAUCCCUGCCUGGCCAGUGGGAAGCGCUUUCGAUCUUUGGUAGUGGUUUGUUAGCAACUAAACAGCAACAAGUUAGUGAUACAUUCCAGCCCUCUACCCUGAAUGUCUCUCACCUUCCUUCCCUAGCAGUGGUCCCAACCAGUGAGGGGAUCCUAGGGAGGCACCAAGCUUCUGCAUGGAGCUGCGGCAAGGUGUGAUUACACAACCACACUCUCCUUCCCACAGUAUAUGCAGGAAAGCACUCACUGCCCACAGAAUCACCAAAGUGCCUUCAUUCUUCUCUGUACAAGGAUACCAAAGACGUCAUGAACUCCCCACCCACCAAUGCAGCUCCAUUCUGAUCCAGGGCUUAGGGCCCAGACUGGGAUCUCCCACAGGGAACUGCCUGACUUGAGGGCAUUUAUCUACCACCAUUUUCAGGGCUUCACCCAAGCUUUGUAGUGGGAGGCAUAGAAGGAGGGAUUGUAUGUAACACAAGGCAAGCAAAGGCAGGGCAUCCUUAGGUGCCCCUCAGGAAAAAGCCAGGUUUAAAGCAGUUGGCUCCACUUCUACCUUCCCCAGCAACUAAUUGAGGGGGCGAGGCCUACUUUCAGCCUUGACUAGUGUGGUCUUCAUUCUGUCCUCAGACCUUAGGCCUAUCACCUCAUAUUUGAUCUUGCCCUUAUAUCACUGGGAGUUACAGGUGCCUAUUCCAGGAUUUCACCCUAUGGGCUUUUAUUAGCUACUCCAGCUGACUUCUAGAUAUAGGUUUCAUUAUUGGGGGAGAGGGUUCUUGUUGUUUUAUUUUCAGUGACCUUUUGAUUGUAUUUAUUUUUAUGUUUUGAUUGGUAUUUUUUCAUUUUUGAACUAAUAAGGUAACAGGAGGGAAGAUAGAGAGGGAACAGUUAGCUCAGAAAAAAGCAUUUUCUGCAGAUCAGACUGAGUCUACCAUGGCUAGGUAAGCAAGUACUGAGACACUGAAUUCUUCCCACCAUACCUACAAAUAUCUAAGAAUGGAGUUCUUCCUUUAAAUUCAUAGCCACCCGACCAUGGCCUGCCCCUUUGCUUCCUUUGAAAUCUAGGACACCAUAAGCAUAGCAUUCCCCAGCAGGGUUCAACUUUUUCUUGCUAAUUUUUGAAACCAAAGAAAUCUCCCAAACUAACAAAAAUAGCCCAUUUCUCUAGCAUCUCCAAGUCAUGGGAUGGGUGGAGGUGUUCAGGAGGCGCUCCUCUUACAACUCUUUUCUCAACCUGUGACCUGGCUCAGGGAACCCAAACUAUCAUAACUGGGAACAAAUUAUGAUCCAGCCAGUAUCUUAGGCAUAGGUAGUCCCUUAUCUUUGCAGGCUAAGUUCCAAGAACCCCAGUGGAUACCUGAAGCCAUGUAUAGUGCCAAAAUCUGUAUGUACUAUGUUGUUUUUUUUCCUCUACAUCCUACAGCAUUGCCAUAUAAUACCAGAGUUCAUCGGUCUUCCUUCUUUUAUGCCCUGGUGUCUCCUUUGCUUCACUACUCUUGCACUUUGGAGCCAGUAUUAAGUAAAAAAAGGAUUACUUGAACAGAAGCACUGCAGAACUGCAACAGUCAAUCUGAUAACUGAAAUGGCUCCUAAGUGACUAAAGGGAGGGUAGCCCAUACAGAGUGGAUAUGUCCCACCUUGGACAAAGGUAUGUCCCAGGUGGGAUGUAGCAGGAUUAUAUAAUUCUGCUCAGAAUGGUACACAAAUGAAAGCUUAUGAAUUGCUUAUUUCUGGAAAUUUCCAUUUAAUAUUUUCAGACCAUGUUUGACCACAGGUAACUAAAACCACAGAAAGUAAAACUGCAGAUAAGGGUGGGACUACUAUACAAAGAACUGAAGUUGCUGCUAUUGCCAAGGCCCUGAGACGUGUAGCCAGCUUCUAGCCUGGAAAAGUGAGCCAUUGGGCAAUGACAGAAAGGGAAUAGUAACCAAACUCUGCCCCAUUACCCAGCUCAAGGUCCCCAUUGCUUGCUAACUGGGCUCAAUUCUUGGUAUUACACAGCCCACCUAAGCCCAUCCCAGCCAAGUCCUGGCAUCAUGUUCCUGCUGAGUUCCUCAGAGCCCUUGCAACUUAACUCUCACAGCAGGGGUACCUCACUGGACCAAAGAAUUUGCCAAGGAACUUUGCUGCUGCUACAAAUACUGGUUACUAACUUCUGUUUCCUCUACAUGGUGUCUGAAAACAAUAGGAGAAUCUUGGUCAGGAGGGUAUCCUGGGGGUGGUGGUAACCCUUUCUGUGGGUUCCUGGGUAUGCUCUUAGUACUGCUGCAAAUGCCAGAACCACUGUUUGAAUGUCAACCUUGUCUGUCAUUCUCCCCUCUGGAAGAAGAUUCUACUCCAUUCAGGAAGGCUAAUGGCCUUUUGAAGGGCUAGGUUUACCCAAGUGAAACUUGAGAAAUUUGGGAGAGUGCUUUAAAUACAGGCCAUGAUUGCCAGCUUUUUAAAAGAAACACAAGCCCUAGGUAAAUAGUAAGCAAUUGAAAUGUGUUUUAUUAAGGGAUUAUGCCAAUAUGUUCCAUUACAAUAUUUUUUGGCUAUAAUAGAUUUUGAGAGGGGGUAGCAGGGAUUGAACUCAAGGGUAUUCGACCACUGAGCCACAUCCCCAACCCUAUUUUGUAUUGAAUUUAGAGACAGGGUCUCACUGAGUCACUUAGCGCCUUGCUUUCCCUGAAGCUGUCUUUGAACUUGAGAUCCCCCUGUCUCAGACUCCCGAGCCACUGGGAUUAUAGGCGUGUGCCACCGCACCCAGCUGGAAUAGAUUUUUGAAGUAUAUGCCCAGGGAAAAAAGUGGUCAACUUAACUGGUCACCAUGGUAUAGCUUUUUUUGUUUGUUUGUUUUGGGGUUUCUUGUUGUUUUUUUUUGUUUUUGUUUUUUUUUUAGCCAUCAUUAGAUUUGUUGUACUUUAUGAUACCAAAAAUACCAUUAACUCUGUUUCUUGUUGUUGUUUGUUUGUUUUGUUUUUGUGGUGCUGGGAAUUGAACCCAGGGCCUUGCACAUGCUAGGCAAGCACUCUACCACUGAGCUACAGCCCCAGCCUUAACACUGUUAUUUUUGUACCGCAUCCCACCUCAAAUUAGUUUCUAGAGUUGGAAUGAGAACACAAAGAUGCUCAUUUUUCCAUAGAAGCAUAGGUCCCAAAGCACUUAAAAAGUAAUCCCACAACUCUACCAAGCACAAGUUCAGUAGAUAAAGGUGAACUACUAAACAGACACUGGCAUGCCACACGCCUGCUGUGGCAAUCCCCCUGUGAUACAUAGUGCUACAAAGCUGCCGGUAUUAUUUAAGAUGCAAUAGUUCUCCCCUAUUCUCAGUUUCAGGGCUCAGCCCUCUUCCAAGGCCUUUUAGGGGUAGCAGUUUGGAAGAUAGGCCAGAAGGUAUCCCCAAAGACAGUUAUUGGUCUUAACUUCUGCUUUUUCCCUUCAAAUAUUUAUGUUGCCCCCAGUGGGGAGAAAGGAAAUCUGAUGGUGGAUUGAUAGGAAGGAGUCAAGUAUAAGAGUUACUAUGACUUGUCCUCUCUUACUUCCCCCAUCCCCAGGGCUCUGGAUAAUUGAGUCUCCCUCUGACAGUUAUCUCACAGCUGGAGACUCAACCAGGAUAUAGGAGUAAAUGCCAAAGUGGAGUUGUAGAGAAUGAGACAGAGACACUGAAAAUAAAGCCCUAGAAUAAAAGAGACUAGGAGAGGAAAGGAGAGAGGAUGAAAGGAUGAAAAGGCUCUUUCAAGGCUGGGUUCAUAUUCUGUUUUCCAUUUAACUUCAUGUGCCAAAAAGUGGCCCAGGGUCACCAGAGCCACAUCCUGAAUCCCAGCCUCCCUGAAGGUGCUGCAGAAGGUGCCAGUAGCAAGCCCCAGACAGAGGAAGCUGGGCACAUUUCUGGCCACUUCCACCCAUCUGGAGCUUGGCAACUCCUGCUAUCUUUGCUAGAGGAGUUGCCUAUGCCAAUAAUAUUUCUGUAACAGCAUAUUGUAUUAUUUGAAGAUUAGUAGAUCUUUAGAGGGGGUGGGUCACGGGCAGUUUGUAUAAAUAAAGAAACAGUGUUUGUUGUACAACUGUGGGGGGGUAUCUAUCCCAGGUGAAGCUAAUUUUUCUGAAUCUUAUUGUUUCUAUAUUUGUGUCCUCCACCACUCCCUUCUUGGCUGACAUAGAUAUGCCUGCCAGAUUGUCAUCAAGGGUCAUACUUUAAUAAAAGGUGCUAAGG